AUGAACAACUCUAUUUUAAAAACGUCGCUAAGAUUAACGAGAUCCUUCUCCCAAAAGAUGGCACCACGCAUUGUGUUCACCGGCGGCUCUGGCAAAGCGGGUCGACAUGCGAUACCUGAGCUCAUUAAACGUGGCUAUGAGGUGCUGAACAUUGAUCUUACCGAUUUUCCGGACAAGGAGGCCAAUGUCUUCACUCUCAAGACGGAUCUUACAGAUAGUGGACAGUGUUUCAAUGCAUUGACGACCCAUUUCAACUUCUCUGGAUACGAGGGUCCUCGCAUUCCUGGGCCGCCUGAUGCAGUCAUACAUUUUGCCGCGUAUGCCAGGAACAUGCUCGUCCCAGACAAUGAGUGCUUCAAGGGGAACGCCACAUCGACCUACAACGUGAUCGAAGCCGCUUGUAAACUAGGAGUGAAGAAGAUUAUCAUUGCCUCCAGCGAGACCACUUACGAAGUGUGCUUUGGUCAGGGCGAUCUCGAUUAUACAUCUUUCCCUCUGGACGAAGAAGCUGAUGUCAAUCCAAUGGAUACCUACGCCAUCUCCAAGCUCGUCGGUGAGCGCGUAGCUCGAGGAUUUGCUCGCAGAUUCGAUGCGGACAUCUACGCACUGCGCAUUGGCAAUGUUGUGGAGCCGCACGAAUAUGCGCGGGAUUUCCCCAGAUACAUCAGUGAUCCCAAAGUGCGGAAGCGGAACGCGUGGUCUUACAUCGACGCCAGAGACCUGGGUCAAAUCUGUGAUCUGUGCAUCAAGAAAGACGGUCUAGGCUUUCAGGUUUUCAACGCGACGAACGACACCAUCACGGCGACGUUCCCCACGCGACAGUUUCUGGAGCAGUUUGCUCCGAACACGCCCAUUACGCGUGACAUGGGACAGUGGGAGGCCCCGUUGAGUAAUCGGAAGAUUCGCGAGGUGCUUGGAUUCAAGGAGAAUCACAACUGGAGAAAGUAUUACAAUCCAGAGUAA